AUGCUUAAGGGCUUAGUUUUGAAUUUAAUCCUCGGAACUGUUCUGUUGACCUACUCUGAGGCUCAACGUCCCCAACCGCGCAUACUUGGUGGUUCUAAUGCCAAUGAACGGCAAUUUCCCUAUCAGGUCUCGUUGCGCUGGGGUGGAUCACAUGUUUGUGGUGGUAGCAUAAUUUCCCCAAAUUAUAUUGUGACGGCCGCCCAUUGUCUGGCCCGGGGAUAUAUGACCCUCCCUCCCUCGUACAUAACCAUACGUGCUGGCAGCCGUUUAGCCAACCAAGGUGGCCAGGUACGACAAGCCGAAUGGACUUACAUCCACCCCGAUUACAAUCCAUUCAGCAACGACAUUGGUGUGGUAAAGCUAUCCAAACCUUUGGAGUUCAAUGAAGAUGUAAAGGCCAUACCAUUAGCCUCUAGUGAUCCACCUUCGGGAGCACCUGUCAUAAUUUCAGGAUGGGGUCGUACCAGCAAUAAUGGUACCGUUGUUAACAGAUUGCAGCACAUAACCUUAAGCGCAUUGACUAGCAGUGAUUGUCGUCAGCGUUUAGUGGGAAUUGCGGAUUCAAUAAUUUGUCUUGAGCACGACAUUGGUAGUGGAGCUUGCCGCGGUGAUUCUGGUGGUCCAGCUGUUUAUAAUGGCCAAUUGGUUGGACUGGCCAAUACUGUUGUGAGGAGGUGUGGAACGGCUAAUCCGGAUACUUAUACCAGUGUGGCUUAUCAUGCGGAAUGGUUGAGGGAGAAUACCGAUGUAUGA